AUGGCCAUGGCCAUGCAGCAGCCUGACGCGGAGCCUUCUGGCCUCUCCGAAUGUGCUGCUCCUCCAGCUCGCCAGUUGUGGUCUUCCACCGGUGAUGCGCUGCCUCCAACCACCGACAAGCCUCCCACAGCGCCCAUCGAGCCCACGCCCUCGAAACGCCCUCCGUCGGUUGAACCGCCGCUCUCUAAACAGGCCACCCAUCUCUUCACGCUCUCCUACCUCGUCUUCUUCUCCAUCUUCGGCACCCUCGCCCGCCUCGGUCUAGAAGCUCUGACCUUUUACCCCGGCGCGCCCGUCGUGACCGGCAUAAUAUGGGCCAACGUCGGCGGCUCCCUCCUGAUGGGGUUCUUCCUUGAGGAUAAGAACCUCUUCCGCGAAGAAUGGGGCCAAUCCAACAACGACGAGCAAAUUCGCAUCAACAACAACAACGACAUUGACGACAAUGACCCCGCCGCCCGCGAACGGCUCCAGGCCGCGUCCAAGAACCACAAGGCCGUGAAAAAGACCAUCCCGCUCUACAUCGGCCUCACCACCGGCUUCUGCGGCAGCUUCACCUCCUUCUCCUCCUUCAUCCGCGACAUCUUCCUCGCCCUCACCAACGACCUCCCCAACCCGUCCUCUCCGGCCGGCACCCCCAUCCCUCCGCGCAACGGCGGUUACAGCUUCAUGGCCCUCCUCGCCGUCCUCCUCUCCACCGUCGCCCUCAGCCUCGCCGCCCUCAUGGCCGGCGCCCACCUCGCCCUCGCCCUCGACUCCCUCACCCCCACCGUCCCCUUCCGCCUCACCCGCCGCCUCCUCGACCCGCUCUUCGUCUUCCUCGCCUGGGGGGCCUGGCUCGGCGCCGUCCUCCUCUCCAUCUGGCCUCCAGACCGCUCCCCGGGCCCAGACACCUGGCGCGGCCGCGCCCUCUUCUCUUGCGUCUUCGCCCCGCUCGGCUGCCUCCUCCGCUUCUACGUCUCACUGCUCCUCAACCCGCGCCUCCCCACCUUCCCCCUCGGCACCUUCACCGUCAACGUCUUCGGCUCCGCCGUCCUGGCCAUGUGCUUCGACCUACAGCACGUCGAGGGCAUCGGCGCAACUGCCGCCGCCGUCUCUGCCGCCUCGACCCCCUCCGCCAUCCUCAUCGGCUGCCAGGUGCUCCAGGGCAUUAUGGAUGGCUUCUGUGGCUGCGCCACCACCGUGAGUACCUGGGUCGCGGAGCUGACGGGGCUCAGCCGCCGCCGCCACGCGUAUCUCUACGGCGUCGCCAGUGUGGCCGUCGCGCUGGGCUUCUUCGUCGUGAUUACCGGUUCCCUGAGCUGGACUCGGGGGCUGGUGAAUCCCGUUUGUUCUUGA